GCCCCGCCCCGACGCCGCUUGGGCCCUCCGCGCACGCGCACUGUGGCUCCGCGCCGACCAGUCGAGCUCGGCCCGGCUCCCGCCCAGUCGGCGGCCAGCGCGACUCCCGGAGCGCCCGCUGCCGUUCGCCACAGCCCGGGAGGUCCUGAUCAGCAGACGCCCGCCGCGAGUCCUCUGUCUGGAGCUGCGCGCCCUCCGCCGGGCCUCCCACCCCGCCCGGCGGGCCUCAGAGCCAUGGCCACGGAGGAGAAGAAGCCGGAGACCGAGGCUGCCAGAGCCCAGCCCACCCCCUCGUCGUCGGCCGCACAGAGCAAGCCGACGCCCGUGAAGCCGAACUACGCCCUGAAGUUCACCCUGGCUGGCCACACGAAGGCGGUGUCCUCCGUGAAGUUCAGCCCCAACGGGGAGUGGCUGGCGAGUUCCUCCGCAGACAAACUCAUCAAGAUCUGGGGCGCCUACGAUGGGAAGUUCGAGAAGACCAUAUCCGGGCACAAGCUGGGAAUUUCGGACGUGGCCUGGUCCUCGGACUCCAACCUCCUGGUCUCCGCCUCGGACGACAAGACCCUGAAGAUCUGGGACGUGAGCUCGGGAAAGUGUCUGAAGACCCUGAAGGGACACAGCAACUACGUCUUCUGCUGCAACUUCAACCCGCAGUCCAACCUCAUCGUCUCGGGCUCCUUUGACGAGAGCGUGCGGAUAUGGGACGUGAAGACGGGGAAGUGUCUCAAGACCCUGCCGGCCCACUCGGACCCCGUCUCAGCCGUGCACUUCAACCGCGACGGGUCCCUGAUCGUGUCCAGCAGCUACGACGGGCUCUGCCGGAUCUGGGACACCGCCUCGGGCCAGUGCCUGAAGACGCUGAUCGAUGACGACAACCCCCCCGUGUCCUUCGUGAAGUUCUCCCCCAACGGCAAGUACAUCCUGGCUGCGACCUUGGACAACACACUCAAGCUCUGGGACUACAGCAAAGGGAAGUGCCUGAAGACCUACACUGGGCACAAGAACGAGAAGUACUGCAUCUUCGCCAACUUCUCGGUCACCGGCGGCAAGUGGAUCGUGUCGGGCUCGGAGGACAACCUGGUGUACAUCUGGAACCUGCAGACGAAGGAGAUCGUGCAGAAGCUGCAGGGCCACACAGACGUCGUGAUCUCGACGGCGUGCCACCCGACGGAGAACAUCAUCGCCUCGGCAGCGCUGGAGAACGACAAGACCAUCAAGCUCUGGAAGAGCGACUGCUAGGCCCGGGGCCCGGGGCUGCCGGGAGGCCGCCGGGCUGGCGAGGAGCGGUGCGUCUCGGGGGUCCCGGGGCCGGGCCGGGGCAUCUGGGAGGGGCCCGGACUUGAGCCGCCUCUGAAGACGACGGCCUCGGGGAAAGUGUUACCAUCAGAAAGUUCUAGAAGGAGACGUUUCUUGCCAAUUCCUCUCACACUGGGGAAGAGUUCCUAGUCUGUAUUGUGUUCAAACAGUCCACAAAAAGUUUAAUUUUUUAUUCCAGAAGGGUGAGGUGAAGUUCAGUUUAUUGAGCGUUGUGUGUUUUCCAGUAAACGUCCUGUGCUGUUCUCGAUGUCUCAUUGCCCCGUGCAGCGCUGUGCCCAGUUGCCGCCCGGCCGCGCUCCGGCCCAGCCUCCGCGGGCCCCGCCCUCCGCGGCAGGCGCUGUCACCGUGCGCCCCGCUACCCCCGUUCCUGCCACAGUGGCUCCCCGUGGGAGGCUGUGCCUGUGAGACCCCUCUGUGGUCAGGGUCCCCGUCCCCGUGCCGGCGGUCCCCGGUGCUCACGCAGUGCACGGCGCCCCGGCCGGGGGGCAGGCUGUGCUGGUGGGCCCGUCUCCCGGUUGGCAGGAGGUGGGAGGACCUAGUCAGGGACGGGUUCCUCCAGUGGCUCGUCAUCGUUUUGUCCUCGUGCCCAGGAGCUUGGAGCUGCCAGGGACGUGCUCUUGGGGUGGGGGGGGUCCCUGCUGGGGUGGAGCCGAGAUCCCUGAAACUCCCGACAGGACACCGCAGACGGCUCUGUGACCUCUGGGGUGCCGGGGGCUCUGGCCCCUGGCUCCUGGCCUGGGCCCCGGUCUGCGGGGUGGGGUCCUCCUGCCCCUCCCUCACCAGGUAGCCGUGUGUCCACAGUGGUGGGCGUGGGGCAGGCACCGAAAACCAGUGUCAUGUGGCUGCUGCCAGCCCACAGGGACCCCUGCGUGGAGCGAGGUCCCCCCUGGGGUGCAAACCCAGUCUGCCAGCCUUGGGACCUCUAGGGGGCGCACAGUCCCACCUGGGGCGACGGGCUGGGUGCAGCCCUCCUCCCCUUUGCUGAGGCCCACGCCCCAGUGCUGGGGCUCUAGGUGAUGCCAGGUGGUGGGCAAGGCCUUGGCCUUCGGGCAGGCAGGUGGGCAAGGAUGGGGGGCCGCCCUCAGACGGGCUUCUGGGGAACCCCUGUGGCCACUGUCGCAGCGUGAACGUGGUGGCUCUAAAGGCCUCUGGGAGCAGGCUGCCCAUGGUCCCUGUCCUCCGGAAGUGGGUGCCCUCGGGGUCGCCCGUCUGGGGGCAGGGCGUGGACGGCUGUGCGGUGCGGGUCGGACACUCGGGCCGGGACCUGGACUUGCAGCGUGUUCUGGUGGGAAAGGCUAAGGUCUCGUGUCGGUGUCCCGGGGCCUGGCUCUGGGGACGCCGGGGCCCCUCAGUUUUGUGGGUGCUGGUGCCGGUUGGCCCGGGCAGUGGCGGGCGGUGUGUGGAGCACUGUACCCUUGAAUAUAGUGUAUUUUUUCUACAUUGGAAUUCUCUGUUGUAGAUUUAUGUAAAAAUACAUUCUCUUUUUGAAAAUA